AUGGAUCAAGAGGAAGACUGGGACUCGCCCAACGACAUACCGCAACAGGCGUACGUGCCUCAGCAACAGUACAGGCAAACGAGGCCCGCCAAUCCCGACGACUUGCUCGUGGACAUCGACGCCCAGUUCGCGGGCCUGAUCAUCGGAAAGGGCGGCUCGGUGAUCAAAGGCCUGCGAAAGGACACCGGCGCGUUCAUCUCGGUGUUGGACAGCGAUUCGUACGGCUCGAAGACCGUGAAGAUAUCGGGAAAUCAGAGGGCCAGAGAACACGCCCUGAAGCUCGUCAACGACAUCGUCGAGGCGAACAACCCGGAAAGAAUCAAACAAAAGUUGCAACAAGAAUCGGAACAUGCACCGGCUCCGGCGGCUUUCGACUGGGACGAGUUGAUGAAAGAAGAAGCGGAGAACCUCAGACAGAGAUUGGCGGCCUUGCCGCCGAUCGUCAAGAAUUUCUACAAAGAACACCCCGAAGUGACCAGGAUGACCGAUCAGGAGGUCGAAGACUUCAGAAUGUCCAAGAACAACAUUAUGAUCAAGUAUAUCGAAGAGAAUAACGUAAAGCCAAUUCCUAAGCCGGUGAUGAAAUUUUCACACGCAUUCGAAGACUAUCCGGAGAUAUUGGAAGAAAUACAAAAGCAAAAAUUUGAAAUCCCGUCCCCCGUUCAGUGUCAGACGUGGCCCGUCAUCAUGAGCGGCCAUGACUUGAUAGCUAUCGCACAAACUGGGACGGGCAAGACAUUGGCCUUCUUGCUUCCUGCUUUUAUUCACAUCGAUUUUCAACCGACUCCCCGUAGUGAACGAAAAGGACCGUCUAUAUUAGUAUUGGCUCCAACCAGGGAAUUGGUGUUACAAAUUGAAAGCGAAGUUAAAAAAUAUAGUUACAAAGGCAUUAAAGCCAUGAGUAUUUAUGGUGGGGCAAGUUCUGGGAAGCAAAAAGAAGUUCUGCGGAAAGGAGUCGAAAUCGUUAUCGCUACUCCUGGUCGACUUAAUGAUUUUGUUGGUAGCGGUGCUAUUGACUUAUCUGAUGUGACGUUUUUGAUACUUGACGAAGCUGAUCGUAUGUUAGAUUUGGGUUUUGAACCUCAAAUACGUGUUUCAUUACUGAGGGUUAGGCCAGACAGACAAACUAUAAUGACCAGUGCAACCUGGCCACCUGGAGUUAAACGUCUUGCUAAAAGCUAUACGACUAACCCUAUUCAAGUUAUGGUCGGAUCAUUGGAUUUGACAACAGUCAAUACUGUAAAACAAGAUAUUCUUAUAAUGGACGAAGAAGAAAAAGAAGUUUGGCUUGACGAUUUUCUGAAAAACUGUAGUGCAGAUGAUAAGAUCAUAAUAUUUGUGAACCGAAAAGUAACUGUGGAUCAGCUUUCAUCAGAUUUAUGCAUGAAGGGCUACAUUGUUGAAUCAAUUCAUGGUGGCCGUGAACAAAGUGAUCGUGAACAGGCUCUGGAAAGCUUACGUAAUGGUGAAGUUAAUAUUUUAAUAGCAACAGACGUGGCUUCUCGUGGUAUUGAUAUCAAUGAUAUUACAGUGGUAAUAAAUUACGAUUUUACUAAGGAUAUUGAAGAGUAUGUGCACAGGGUAGGACGUACAGGGCGAGCUGGUAAAACUGGCCUGGCAAUUAGUUUAAUGACCAGGAGAGAUUGGGGUAAGGCCAAAGAAUUAGUAGAAGUGAUGGAAAAAUCUGGACAAGAUGUACCUCCAGAGUUGCAAGAAAUGGCAUCGAGGUAUGAAGCUAAGAAAGAACGAGACAGAGCUGAGGGAGGUGACAGGCCAUUUAGGGGUGGAAGAGGAGGCGGGAGAGGAUUUUCGAGAGGAGGAGGAGAUGGAGGAUUUUCGGGAAAUAGAAGAAAUAACUAUUAA